AUGAAGAUCAUCAUUAUUUGUGCUGUGUUAAUAAUUGCAAGCAUCUCUGAUGCUGCUCCAAGUAGAAACAGACGAUCACCAAAUGAUCAAUAUGGAAAUGUUGUGCGUCAACAAAUCAUUCGAACACAAACUGGUAUACCUGGUAUGGGUUUCCCAACUACAUUUGGUUUUCAAAAUCCAGGUGGUUUCCAAACCCAACCUGAUUUUUUAAAUCCAGGAAUGGUUAGUUUUCCAACCACAGGAUUGGGUGGUUUUCCAAACACAGGAAUAACUGGUUAUCAAACUUCAUUUACUCAACCUUCCAUUUAUCAAAUACCUAGUUAUUCAACUGAUGGAUUAAUGGGUCUUCCCUCCACUAGCAUACUCCAAGUAGAUCCAGGUUUAACAACUGGUGAACUUUAUACAACUGGACUAGAAUCAAGUCCAGAAAUAUCGAUCUAA